AUGGGGCGCAGGGGCUUAGCAAGGGGCAUCGCUGCAAGGGGCAGCACCGGAGGGGAAUUAAGAAGGUGGAGUGGACCAGUUAAAGGGCAGAGGAGAAGGAUGAAGGAGAAAAGAAAGGUGUACGAACUGGAUGGCACCCGGCACAAUAAAUCGUGGUCUGUGGCAACCUAUCGGGAAGUGACCAGGCAGUUUGUGAAGGAGCACCCUGACUUUCUUGGAGCCAAGAUUAUAUUUACAGCACACAGGAUGCUGAAUGUUUCCCAGAUUAAAGAAUCCAUCGUCACUGCCAUGGCACUCAGAGCCCGCUUCCCAGACACCCUGGCAGGCUUCGACCUGGUUGGUGAUGAGGAUGAAGGUCAUUCUUUAUGGGACCUGAAGGAUGCCCUGACCAUCCCGUAUUCCCUGGGGGUCAACUUGCCAUACUUUUUCCAUGCUGGGGAGACCGACUGGCAGGGCACCUCCGUAGACAAUAAUGUGCUGGAUGCAUUGCUACUGAACACCAGCCGGAUUGGACACGGACUUGCCCUCAUUAAACAUCCAGUAGCCAAGAGUUUGUCUCUGAAGAGGGAUAUUCCUAUAGAAGUCUGUCCCAUCUCCAACCAGGUCCUGCUGUUGGUAGCUGACUUGCGGAGCCAUCCCGCAGCCAGCCUUGUGGCUGAAGGGCACCCCAUCGUGAUCAGCCCUGAUGAUCCCCCUAUCUUUGGGGCAAAGGGCGUCUCCUAUGACUUCUACGAGGUGUUCAUGGCCAUCGGAGGGAUGAAUGCCGACCUGAGGACUUUAAAACAACUUGCACUCAACUCCAUAAAAUACAGUGCCAUGCCACCGGAUGAGAAAGCCAAGGCCAAAGAGGUCUGGCAGAAAAAAUGGGACCAAUUUGUGGCUGACCUCUCUGAUAGCUUUUUGAGGGAGCUUUAGAGGGGAGGAGACUCAUCUCAGAAGGCAUUUGGCAAGCCAGAGCGAGCCAGGCUUAUUGCUAGGAGGGAGACUGCUUCUUCCAUGUGACCUGAGCAGAUGAACGAACC